AUGCAGUCCCCUGGAAAAUCUAUGAAGGAAGCUCUGCUCUGCGCUCAGAACGAGGAUCGACUCACUGUUGGAGUCUACGAGAGCGCCAAAAUCAUGACUGAUGACCCAGACAGCGUGUCUUUCUGCGUCCUGGCCGUGGAUGAGGAGUUUGAGUGUGACAUCGCUCUGCAGAUCCACUUCACCCUCAUCCAGUCCUUCUGCUUUGACAACGACAUCAGCAUCGUCAGAGUGAGCGACGUGCAGCGUCUGGCUGAGAUUGUUGGCGACAAGGCCGAGCAACUUGAAGAUGCUCACUGCGUCCUCAUCACGAACCCAGCUGAAGGGUCUUGGCAGGACCCCGCUCUGGAGAAGCUGCACCUGUUCUGUGAGGAGAGUCGUCGUCUGAACGACUGGGUUCCCGAGAUCAGCCUCCCCGAGCGCUGAUCUGGGGCUCGGCUCCUCUCUUGCUCAGAUGCUGUGAAGCUUCUUAUAUGGAAAUACUCAUCCUAAUGAACAGGAUGACCCUGUUUCUUCUCAUCCCUGGAUACUCCUGAGGAGGAUUCCCGUCCAGGCAGCACGGCGCCGGCCCGAGUGG